AUGGAGAUAACCAAUGUCAACGAGUACGAGGCGAUCGCGAAAGAGAAGUUGCCGAAGAUGGUCUACGACUACUACGCCUCUGGUGCAGAGGACCAGUGGACCCUCAAGGAGAACAGAAAUGCCUUUUCCAGGAUCCUGUGAGGCCCUUCUCUCCCUUUAAUCAGCCUUUAUACUGGGUCUGUUCUAUCGACUUCCUGCUUCCGCUGUCGCCCCUUCUGCUUGAUUAUACAUCACCCCCAUAUCAUUUUGGCGUCACACACACACACACACAUAUCUAUAUAUAUAUAUAUAUAUAUAUAUGUGUGUAAAUCAAAUGAUCUGGCAUAGUCUGCAGGCACCGGUUCAUGUGUUCUCGUACUUACAGGGAUACUGAUGUACUUGGUGGGCUAGAACUCAUCAGCGACUUUUACUGUUAUCGGCAAUUUGAUUUGCAAAAUCAAAGCCUCCUGAAUUCGAUGACCAAAUCAGACAUUGCCCAGAAAAUAUGAUUUGCCGUCUGGCCUUUGAAUGGGAUCGUACACUCCAAGUGUCAACCCCUUCCGAUGAUCACAUAAUAAGAUUUUGGGGUUUCAGGUUGCUGAAUCGUCGUUUGCGCUGUCCUGUAUGCUUCUUAUAACUUUAUAUGUUGAAAUAUUGUGAUGUUCUGUAUCAGCAACCCGUUCGAUGGGAUGCUAAAGAAUCUGACCUCAAUGCUGGAAAGGUUUUUUCUACUAAUGUCAGGUUGAUGACAAUCCUAAGCCUGAUCAAUUAAUCUUACCAGGUUUAGACCCCGCAUACUCAUUAAUGUGACGAAGAUAGAUUUGACGACUAUCAUUCUGGGAUACAAGAUUUCGAUGCCUAUCAUGAUUGCGCCCACAGCCAUGCAGAAAAUGGCUCACCCUGAUGGUAUGUUUGAUCUUCUCCCUGAGGUAGACCUGUUUAUGUUUUGGCCAUAGUGAUGGCUUGGAACUCCAUAUAGAUCCUGCUUAAUGACUUAUAUUAUUUCAGAUUUACUAUCAUACCAGCGUUAGAAGUCGAGUUCUUUACUCGUUUAAAUCCAUAUUUGUAUAGAUCUUUCCGUCAUGUCAUCCAGAAUGAUUCCAAAUGCUCCCCUUAGAUUGCAUUAAUUUAAAGUAAAUGAGUUCCUGUCUGAGCAUGCGUUGAAUUCUUCCCACAGGAGAGUAUGCAACAGCAAGGGCCGCAUCAGAAGCUGGCACAAUUAUGGUUAAACCCUCCUAACUCAUUGCCAUCUAUGAUUCUAUUUUGGGAGCUGGAUAUAUUUCUCAGACUAAAGGUGCUACCUGGAAGGUUUUCCAGAGAACUAAUCAUGAAAGUAAAAUGUUUUUUUACGGGAAAAUAAUAUAUGCUAACGGUUUAAUAGUUAGUGUACUUUUACCCUCGACCUUCUUAGCUGGUUAGAAAUCUAAUAAUAUUCUAGCUGGAACUUGUUGGUAGUUUAUUUGACGAAGUUCUUUCUAUGUAUCUCUAUAUCCAGAUAAUCAAUAAAGUUCAUUCCUUUAAGCUAGAAUAUGUUAAAAUCUGUGCUGUAAAGAAUUGAAUAACUAUUGCCAUGGUAAAAUAUGUUGUUGGAUCAAGUAUCCUCUGUGAUCUAUCAGGCAAGAUGCCAAGCUGAAUAAAAUUUUCUCGUUUCAUUAUCAUCUCAAUACCCAUUGGAUUGUCUUCAUGGUUACUUAUAUUAUUCUCUAGUAUAAUAAAUUUGUCUCAUUCUUCUCAUCAACGUUCAUGCUCACUGCCUUCUAAUCACCUCGAUUUCGUCUGUAUUUUAUCCACCGAAGCAUCCUCUGAUAUUUUCAACAUCAAAUUCUUCUCUUCAACUGCACGUGGUUACUAUUAAAUCUUAGACGAGUCUUAUCUUGCACUCCUUUCAUAUAUUAGAAGAAUGUGUAUUGUUUUUUGGAGGAGGGUUCGGGCAUGGGGCCUAGAUUGCCAUUUUCUAUUUCUCUUAAUAAUAUGAUGUUGCACGUGUAUUUACUCAGACGUUGUCAUCUUGGGCUACCUCUAGCGUUGAAGAAGUUGCAUCAACUGGGCCUGGCAUUCGCUUUUUCCAGCUCUACGUGAGUAAACGCGUCUGAGGAUCUGAAGAUAAGUCCUUCGCUUGCUCAUUACUUCCAUCAAAUGCGCCUUUUCCACUCGGCAGGUCUACAAGGAUAGGAAUGUGGUGGCACAGCUCGUUAGAAGGGCUGAGAGGGCUGGCUUUAAGGCCAUCGCUCUCACAGUGGACACACCAAGGCUCGGACGCCGGGAAGCAGAUAUCAAGAAUAGGUGGGCCUGCUAAUCUCAUUUUCCCUACAGAAGCUCUUUCAUACACUAAUUUCUCGGCCUUGGUCUUCAUACAUAAUGGUUUGAUGAAACUUAGGGCCUGGGCUCAAUGCAGAUCUAAAUAAUUCCUCGACUGUCAUUAUUUUUGCGUCAACUUGAAUCCGUCGGUGGAUCCUUUUUGAGCAUGACUGAUUUCUUGGGAGACUUACCCUCUCCUCGUUUAUGAUCUCUGCAGGUUUACUCUACCUCCCCAUCUGACCCUGAAGAAUUUUGAGGGCUUGAAUCUCGGCACUUUGGACAGGGUGAGUGCUGUCAUCGCUCAGACCACAGCGAUGGACUUUCCUUCCUCACCUUCUCUCCGUCUCUUUCAUUUGGUGACUCUCUUUUGGCAUUACAGACGAAUGACUCUGGCCUGGCAUCAUAUGUCGCCAGUCAAGUAGAUCGAUCCCUAAGCUGGAAGGUAUGCUCUCAAUCAUAUCUUCUUUCCGUAUUAAGCUGUCGUGACCUGGCUACCCAUGGCAUUGAGAAAUGUAACGGCUUUUUGUAUGGUGUCAAUAUAUUUCGCAUUUUUGUAUAGUUCUUUUAAGUUUGGGACCUAUUAUAAGUAAUAUGUCCCCCCUAUCAUCCUUUAUGAUCUCCAUUUUUCUGGGUUGCGUUCGGUCGGUAUGGUUGCUGCAAAAGAUGUUCAUCACACCCUGUUUCAAUGUGGGCAGGACGUGAAGUGGUUGCAGACGAUCACCACCAUGCCCAUUAUGGUCAAAGGGGUCAUGACCGCUGAGGACAGUAAGCUCCUCACAUUCCUCCUCUUGCUGCAUGGGAAGAUUGGAAGUUCCUUCUGGUAUUGACCCUAAACAGCUUUCCUUCAUAAAAAUGUCAACGAUAUGUUUCAGCGAGGCUGGCUGUCGAGGCCGGGGCUGCUGGAGUGAUCGUGUCCAACCAUGGAGCCCGCCAACUUGAUUAUGUUCCUGCGACUAUCAGCUGUCUGGAGGAGGUACCUUAUCCUACUUUCUCUCUAACCAGACGCCAUUCUAGCUGUGUGGCUGCAGUCGUUGACCGAGCGGUGGUCGCCCACUUGCAGGUCGUGAAGGCUGCGCAGGGCCAAGUUCCCGUGUUCCUCGAUGGCGGUGUCCGUCGUGGAACCGACGUUUUCAAAGCGCUGGCGCUCGGAGCUUCCGGCGUGUUUGUGAGUUGAUCGUCACCCCAUCUCCUUUCUCCCUGGUUGACUUUCUGCCCUGUGGAGUUGACCUUCUGUUGUUGGGGAUGCAGAUAGGGAGGCCAGUCCUGUUCUCCUUGGCAGCGGAGGGGGAGGCGGGGGUGAGGAAGGUGCUGCAGAUGCUGUGCGACGAGCUCGAGCUGACUAUGGCGCUGAGUGGGUGCUGCUCUCUCCGCGAAAUCACCCGCGACCACAUCCUCACCAAGAGCGACAUGCUCCACCCUGCUGCAGCCAGGCUGUGA